GGGCUGUCCAGCCCACUCCCCUGGGAGCGCGAGCGGUGGGCCCAGGCGGACAUGUCCCGUCCUCGCGUGCGCCUGGUGGUCACCGCGGACGACUUUGGUUAUUGCCCGCGACGCGAUGAGGGCAUCGUGGAGGCCUUUCUGGCCGGGGCCGUGACCAGCGUGUCCCUGCUGGUCAACGGUGCGGCCACGGAGAGCGCAGCGGAGCUGGCCCGCAGGUGAGGGGAGGGCCCCUAGCAGGGCGAUGACCGGCUUGGGGCGCGCUGCUCCGCAGCCGCUAGUGCUCCAGCUCGCGCUCCGCCCUCAGGCACAGCAUCCCCACGGGCCUCCACGCCAACCUGUCCGAGGGCCGCCCCGUAGGUCCGGCCCGCCGUGGCGCCUCGUCGCUGCUCGGCCCCGAAGGCUUUUUCCUUGGCAAGAUGGGAUUCCGGGAGGCGGUGGCGGCCGGAGACGUGGAUUUGCCUCAGGUGCGGAGCCGCAGCUGCAGGAGGAUGCUCGCGAGGACCCCCAGAGCUCCGCCCGGAGGGUGCGGGAGGAGCUCGAGGCCCAACUAAGUUGCUUCCGGGAGCUGCUAGGCAGGGCCCCCACGCACGUGGACGGCCACCAGCACGUGCACGUACUCCCAGGCGUGUGCCAGGUGUUCGCGGAGGCGCUGCAGGCCUAUGGGGUGCGCUUUACGCGACUGCCGCUGGAGCGCGGUGUGGGUGGCUGCACUUGGCUGGAGGCCCCCGCGCGCGCCUUCGCCUGCGCCGUGGAGCGCGACGCUCGGGCCGCCGUGGGCCCCUUCUCCCGCCACGGCCUGCGGUGGACAGACGCCUUCGUGGGCCUGAGCACUUGCGGCCGGCACAUGUCCGCUCACCGCGUGUCCGGGGCCCUGGCGCGGGUCCUGGAAGGUACCCUAGCGGGCCACACCCUGACAGCCGAGCUGAUGGCGCACCCCGGCUACCCCAGUGUGCCUCCCACCGGCGGCUGCGGUGAAGGCCCUGACGCUUUCUCUUGCUCUUGGGAGCGGCUGCAUGAGCUGCGCGUCCUCACCGCGCCCACGCUGCGGACCCGGCUUGCCCAGGAUGGCGUGCAGCUUUGCGCCCUCGACGACCUCGACUCCAAGAGGCCAGGGGAGGAGGUCCCCUGUGAGGCCACUCUGGAACCCUUCCUGGAAUCCUCCCUACUCUGAUCCGCUACCGACAACCAAGCACUAAUCCCCUUACUACCAAGCAAGGGGAGCCCAGAACCGGUCCCUGGAGCAGGGUCUGUUGACUUCCCUGGGUAGGACACUGCCACGUCUGGGCCCAGGUCCUCAUGGCUCCAAAUGGCAUCUAGAGUUUGAGCAGCCUUCUUGGCUGCAGGCGGGCCCAUCCUGUGGCAGUGGGCUAGGGCCCGCAGAGCAUUUGGUGCCCCUCCAUGCUGCAGUGCAAACACCUUCACCACUGGGGCAGUGGGGAGAGAUGGCUAUAUUAAUAAAAUAACGUGUGUCUUUCAAA